AUUCAGUCACAGAAAAGAACUGGGAUUGAAAACACGCGAAUUGUUAGACAAAAUUCAAGUAGUACAGAAUGAAGUUAUUUAUAUUUUUGUGUUUAUACAUCGCUGCCAUCAACAGAACGUAUGCAGAUAUCGAACAAAAUGUGAAUUCUGAAGUUAAUACAUUUCAGGGAUAUUUCUACGAAAAGCCACUCAUACCCUUUAACUUACCUGGCAUUGAUGAUACAUUUGAGCAUCAGGAACUUGGCUCUGAACACAAAGCGAAACAUCGUAUUAAUAAUUUUAAAUUGCACCGCAAAUAUAAAAAUUCAUUAGAUUCAUGUCAUGAGAAGGAGUCCAAAGCAAUCGAUGCAGCAUUAUUGAAAAGAAAACAUAAUCGUCCAUCAUUACGCAGAUUAUAUGCACAUAAAGAAAUCGAAGCUGACAAGAGUUAUUUCCAAUCAAAUUACACUUUACCAGAUAAUAUUGAUGUCAGCAAAUUGACAAUAUACAAUGAAAUAACCAAUAAUCAAAUUUGUUGUCAAUAA